ACGACAGUACAACGUACAUUAAGACAGUACAACGUGCAUAAGGACAGUACAACGUACAUAAUGACAGUACAACGUACAUAACGACAGUACAACGUACAUAACGACAGUACAACGUACAUAAGGACAGUACAACGUACAUAAGGACAGUACAACGUACAUAAGGACAGUACAACGUACAUAAGGACAGUACAACGUACAUUAAGACAGUACACCGUACAUUAAGACAGUACAACGUGCAUAACGACAGUACAACGUACAUAAGGACAGUACAACGUACAUAACGACAGUACAACGUACAUAAGGACAGUACAACGUACAUAACGACAGUACAACGUACAUAACGACAGUACAACGUACAUAACGACAGUACAACAACGUACAUAACGACAGUAUAACAACAUACAUAAGGACAGUACAACGUACAUAAGGACAGUACAACGUACAUAAGGACAGUACAACGUACAUAACGACAGUACAACGUACAUAAGGACAGUAAAACAACGUACAUAAGGACAGUAUAACAACACACAUAAGGACAGCACAACGUACAUAAGGACAGUACAACGUACAUAAGGACAGUACAACGUACAUAACGACAGUAAAACGUACAUAAGGACAGUACAACGUACAUAAGGACAGUACAACGUACAUAACGACAGUACAACGCAUAUAAGGACAGUACAACGUAUAUAAAGACAGUGCAACGUACAUAAGGACAGUACAACGUACAUAAGGACAGUACAACAAGAGAAUUAGCCAGGAAGGAAGCAGAAAGGAAAGGUAGGACAAACAUUUUUAUAUCUGAGGAAAUUUUAUGGAAAUUUAUGUCAUUGCGGUUAUUAGUGGAGUCUUGUAGGGACACUGUUUUGAGAUAACAUAAAAACAAGGAUGCAAUUAACUCCAUAACAACAUGAGGAUUUCCAAUAAGUGUAUAAUGAUCGAAUAAUUUUUAACUCGAACUUUCCGCUCACUCAAACCCUUGUUAACGUUCCGGUAACUCAAGUCCUUGUUAACCGAGCUUCCCGGUAACUCAAACCAUUGCUCACUCGAACGUUCCGGUAAUUCAAAUCCUUGUUAGCUCGGACAUCCCGUUAACUCAAACCCUUGUUAGCUUGAACUUCCUGGUAACACAAACCCUUGUUAACUCGAACGUUCUGAAAACUCAAAGCCUUGUUAAAUCGAACUUCCCGGUAAAUCGAACCCACGGUCUCGAACUCCAACCCCGCCCUUUUCCCUUAGCCCCUUAAUAGGAAAAUGUUUGAAUGUAUGCGCGACAUCUAUGUGAAUAUACCUCCAGCUCUCCUUCUAGAAAAGAACAGAACUUAAUUUUGAAUUUGACAUGAAUUGAGGUUUCAGUAGUGCAUGCUUUUUGUCUUCUCUUUUGUUUCUCCAAGACGUGCAAUUUUUUCAUCGUUCUAUGCAAUUUUUUUCUGUUUUUUUUAUUGUGUAUGAAUUUUGUUUGUUUCUUACCCGCCCCCCACUUUUCUAAUGGUCCGUCACUUACGAAACGUUUCGUUGACAUAUUUCGUUAUUUUUUUUAAAGUUUCCUAGACUUUUAGUUCCCUAGUUUUCGAGUUGCUCUUUCUCGUAUUUCUCAAACUUCCCGCUUACUCGAACAUUUUCACGUCUCCCUUGAGGAUUUUACCCUGGAAAACCAGAGGCUCGAGGUUUUUUUUAAGAGGCUCUAUUCUAUAAUUCUUUUAUUCGCAUUUGAUCCAACCUUCCCCUGUCCCUAAAGAGAACAAAAUCAAAUUCUGCCUCAGUACUUUUAUUUAAACAUAACAUUUUUGUGCUAUGUGCAUUAAAAAUGAGUAGUGUAAGCGCCACAGAUCCCCAGCAUGCGACGCCCCUGGACAUGUCUUCACACCCCCUCCCUCCUCCCUAAAAUGUUUUUCUCAAAACGAUCGAGAAUAGAGUAGAAGCCGAAAUAUUGAUUGUCAUUGCGCAAUCUUUCAAAUAUUUGAUUAAUUUGUUAAGUCGCCAAUGCAACGUUGAUCUUGACGACGUCUCUAGUUAUCUAAUAUUUGGUGACAAAUUUAGGCAUCUGCUCCGUCAGCUGGGAAAAUCUAGCUGCGAAAUGAUUGACAGUUUUACGGUAUCCAAUCACAGGCGAUAUCCCCUUUGUAUUUAAUUGUUGCAGCAUUUGAUCACCAAGCGUCGAUACAAUAAACACAACAAGUUCGUUCCCUGUUAGUGGCUAUUCUCGCUCCUAGUUGAUUCAGAGUCAAGGAAACGUAUACAUACAUAAGUGUAUACAUAGUUUUGGUGAGAAAUUGAACUGAUUGUUUACGUUUCUAAGAUUGAUGUGUAUGGUAAUUACAUAGAACAUACGAAAGAAGGAUGAAAAUCACCAAACUUGCAGCUGCUUCUCCCACAGAGGGAAAAAGGCAAAAGAUAGAUUAAUAAUCAACGCAGCCGAAAAUACAUUUAUAAAAAAAAAACUCCUUCAUAUGACCAGACAACAUUACCGUAUGUCUGGAACAAGUUACCUCAAAGGCCAGUAAAUCCACUAAAUGAAACGGAGGUAGGCGAAUCAGUUUGGGUGAAACCUCAGUAUCGCUUAGACGAAACGAAAUACUGCCUUAAAGGCUAUCUCGCUAAACGUGAUAUAUACACCUCAACCACGGCGCCAGGACCGGGCCGCUGACUUUAUCGCAAUAUGGAGAUGAAGUCCUGCUGCAAUGACUCGAACUCUUCUAUUAACUCGCCGCCUCCAAAAUUUUCGAUUACAACCAUCGCCGUAAGCUCAACCUUUGUGGUCAUUCUUCUUCUACUGACGGUCUUCGGAAAUGUUUUUGUCAUAAUGGCAUUCAAAGUAUUUCAUCGGAUGAGGCAGGUUACAAAUUGUUUCGUUGCCUCACUGGCUGUCACUGACAUCCUCGUGGCUGUUUUCGCGAUGCCCGUCUGGGUGGCAUACCUUAUAACCGGUCCGGAAUGGGUAAUGGAUAUGAUUCUGCAGAAGUUAUGGACCUGCACGGAUAUAAUAGUGGGUGUGGCAUCGAUAUGGCACCUAACGUUCGUGAGCAUUGACCGUUAUUUGUGUAUCAUACACCCGAUGGUUUACCCUCUGACGAUGACUAAACCCCGCGCGCUCGUUAUUAUCAUCUGUAUCUGGGUGUACUCCAUCGUGGUGGCGUCGCUGGGUUCAACUCUUUGGCACUGGAGGGGGUACACACUGUUUGUUACCGUUAUGAACUUCCUUAUCCCAGCCGUAGCGAUCUGUAUCGCCUACUUCCGGAUCUUUUUGACCGCGCGCCAUCAAGCCAAACAGAUCAAGCUUACCAUCAAAGGAAAAACACACAGGUUUUUUCUCACAAAAGAGCUCAAGGCCACCAAGACGCUUGCGGUUGUGAUAGGCGCCUUCCUCGUUUGCUGGUCACCUUUCUUUGUCAUCAAUCUCUGUUACUACACCAGUGCCGUCACUCCAUCCCCUGUUCUUGUGGCGAUUGCAAAGUGGGCGCAUUAUGGCAACAGCUGUUUGAAUCCUCUUAUUUACGGAGUGAUGAAUAAAGAUUUCCGACGCGCUUUCAAACGACUUCUGGCGCCAUACUUACCAGUAAAGAUGUCCCACUCCCCCAGUACUAUUAACGGGGCAACUUCGCAGUUUUCCAAACAAGUGGACAGCGAACCUGACUCACCAGAGCAUGCGCGGAAACAGUUUCUCACGCAUGUUUGACAAGACGCCCCUUCGUCUCUCUGUUUUUGCGCUACUAUCAGGGGCUCAUAAAUAAGGGACUGUGCAAUAAUUAUCGGGAUGGAGGGAAGUGGAGCCAGAAACCAGGAGGGAGGGCUUGUCUACUUUCAUUUCUCUGGAGAAGGGGCACUGAUUAAUAUCCCUUCUAGAGCGGUGGGUACUAUCUACACGUACCUUCAAAUGAUUUAAAUCAAGCAAAACACUCAAAGUGGUCGCGUUCUUUAACCGGAGUAAUGGAUAAAAUAUACCCAAAACCGGUAGCGAAUCUCGUCUACAUGGCAGAGUCUUUUAAGACAAUUUGUUUAUACUUUUGUUUUGUAUAUACGUAUACUUGUACCAUAUGCAUCAUAUACGUGGCCGCUAGUGACAGUAAGGAGAGGGAAAUAAAGGAUUAAACACUGCUUCCGCGAAAGACUUAUAUAGUCACUCAUAGAAAAAUAAAUUGUCAAGAAAAA